ACAAACCGGAAAUCCAGCACCAGCUGACUGUCUUCGCAUCACGCUUCCUCCAACAGGAUCCCUUCUUUUUUUGGCUCGGGCGUGUUAUUGAUAUGCACAUCGCUGGCACAUCUGACGUUUACGGUCUUUGGCCUGUUCCUCCUCUCCGUCUUACGAGCGAUUCCCGAUGAUCAUGGUUGGCUGAGCUUGGCCAUAACAGAGCUCUGUAACUGAGCUUCCAGCAUGGCACCCAAGAUUUUUGGACGACUUUCCGCGUCUACGCGAGGCGGUCGAUCGUUUUACGAACAGCUACGAGGCGACGACGAUGAAGCAGACUUGGACCCGGAGGCGGGGCCAUCACUCGAAGACCACGAUUUUAUGCCCACGGCCAGGCGCCGCAACAACACCGACAGCAUGUUGUCCCCAGAGGCGAACAGCGUACACGAUGGCAUCCGGAGAACAGCUGCCGAUGGCCGAACCUCUUCUCUAGGAUGGCCACACGACGACGAAGGCGAUGAUGACGUGCCUGCUUCUCUCCUCGUGGAGCCUAACAAACUGGUGACGGCAAAUCCAGGCCUAGCUCGAACAGAAGCACCGCAUGAAUCUCAACAUUACGACAGCCCUAAUCUUUCGUCAAGCCAUAGCCACGCCCCAUGGCGACCGCCGGCUGAUGAAAGAAGGCACGAAGCUCCGAGGCCAAGCACACGACCAGCCACCGCGCCUUACAGACCUUCAAUAAACGCCGGGGCAUCGUUCAACCGAAAGAAUACGGCGCUGUGGAAAUGGGUGAAUAUUACGAAUCUCGAUAGCUUCAUGAGAGAUGUUUACGACUAUUAUGAAGGAGGCGGGAUGUGGUGUAUCAUGUGUGCAAAUGCUCUGUGGCUGCUGGAGACUUUGUUCGUGGCCGUCUUAUUGACUUUUCUGACCCAGUGCGUCAAUUACAGCAGCAUACCGCACAGCCACUCGCUGAGCAAAGUCGUCAUACCUCGUUGCACCCAGAAAAUGUCGGGAUGGUGGGCAUUGGGAAUAUGGUUCUACUCCUUCUUCUUCAUAUGGAAGUCUGUGCAGUACUUCUUCGAAAUCCGCCGUCUACUCUUCGUUCGCGAAUUUUUCAUUGUACUUCUCGAGAUUCCCGAACAAGAUAUGCAGACCAUCUCUUGGCAGGAUGUCGUUGCUCGAAUCAUGACUUUGCGGGAUCAGAAUCCUAGGACGGCAGCAGAUAUACCGCAAAACCUACGGCGCUUUAUUGGCAGUCAAUCGAAGGAACGAUUGGACGCUCACGAUAUCGCUAACCGACUGAUGCGCAAGGAGAAUUACUUGAUCGCCAUGAUCAACAAAGAUCUGCUAGACUUGUCGCUUCCGUUUCCGUUUCUUCGAGGCCGUCAAUUAUUUUCAAAGACUAUGGAAUGGUAUCUGCACUACUGCAUUCUUGACAUGGCUUUUAAUGAACUGGGCCAAGUCCAGCAGGACUUUCUGCGUGCUGAACGAAGGGGGAUUUUAAGCCAAAAAUUGAAGCAGCGGUUUUAUUUUGCCGGCUUCCUGAAUCUCCUAUUCGCUCCCAUUGUCCUUGCGUAUGUCAUCAUCGUUUACUUCUUUACAUAUUACAAUGAGUAUCAAAAGGACCCUAAGCUCGCUGCAGCUCGCAAAUAUACUUCACUUGCUGAAUGGAAAUUUCGCGAAUUCAACGAGCUUCCUCAUAUAUUUUACGAAAGACUUCAUAUGUCAUUUCCAUUUGCGACUCGUUACAUCGAUCAAUUUCCAAAACGUAUGACAGAGGAAAUUGCGCGGAGCAUCGCAUUCAUGUCUGGGGCUCUUACUGCUAUCCUUGCGGUGUGUACGCUGCUCGAUUCGGAACUAUUCCUAUCAUUUGAGAUUACAAAAGAUCGAACCGCUUUGUUCUAUCUGGGAAUAUUUGGAGGUAUAUGGGCAAUUACUCGAGGGAUGGUGUCUGAAGAGUCUACAGUAUUCAAUCCCGAGUAUGCCCUGAGGAAUGUGGUUGAGUAUACACACUAUAUGCCCGACCACUGGCAAGGAAGACUGCAUAGUUUCGAAAUUAAGCAGGAGUUCUCCGAACUCUACAAGAUGAAAGUAGUCAUCUUCUUGGAAGAAGUCCUGGGCAUCAUAACUACUCCCUUACUGCUGCUUCUGUCACUACCUAAGUGCAGUGAUCAGAUUGUGGACUUCUUUCGGGAAUUUACGGUGCAUGUAGACGGCCUGGGCUACGUCUGCUCGUUUGCUGUAUUUGACUUCAAAAAGGGACCAGGCCACGCCGAUCGUCAAAGAAUAACUCAGGAUGUUCGUGAGGAUUACUAUGCAACCAAGCACGGGAAGAUGGCUGCGUCUUAUUAUGGAUUCCUUGACAAUUAUGUUAUUAAUCCAAAGACUGGCAUCCCUGGGCAUAUGCCUCCUGGAUCACAGCAGCCAUUCCAUCCUCCGCCUGCGUUUCCAAAUCUCAAUUCACCUACUCUUGCAGCGGAUAUGCAGGCUUCUCAGGUGGGAAAUACAGAAACAGGAAGAAACAGAAGCCGAACAGCAGGGCUGGGCACAUUUCCCAGAGGAGGACACAGCAUUACGCAGCCAUCUCCUAUGGCGUCUAUGCUGUUAGAUCCUCGCCACCAGCCAUCAAUCACAAACUUUGGAGCAAGAGGACCACAUAAACCGCGGCCAUCUCGAGGAGCUCACCGUGCUGAUAUACAAAUCCCUGAGGAGCCAUAUGAGGCUGAGGCGGAUGCAGCUGGGCUGGGAGGAGACAGCUCCGAAGCGGGAGCCAUGCUCGGAGAAUCCAUGUGGCAGACGUCGCCAGGCCGGGAGCUCAGCAAGGAGAACAGCAUGGCCAACUCUAACGAGCCAGAAGCUGGUGUGCUUGGGCUGAUUAACCAGUUUCGGCAGGCACAGCAUCACCGCCGGGGAGGAGUCUUUUAGAUAUUACAAGGGGAGAAGGAGU